AUGGUCAAAGAGAAUGAAGAGGCCUUCUGCGAGACGUUGUAUCAGGAUCUACGCAAGGUAAAUCAGCAUUUUUAAAAAUGAUUUUUAAAUUUCAAGAGCAAAAUUAUCUUCGAAUUUUCGGGGAAUUUGAAAUUUUUUGGCUUUUUGGGCCAUUUUUUUUUUGAUUUUUUAUUCGAAAAAUGAUGAUUUUAUUUUGCGAUUUCUGAUCUAAAAAAAUCAUCGAUAAUUCGAAUAAGAAUAGUAAAUUUACUAUAGUAAAAUAUUUCUACAAAAAAAUCGCUUAUUUACCAUCAAAAUUUGCCAAGAUAUAAGAGGUAAAUCUUUUUUUUCUCUAACCGUCUCUCCUGAUUUCGAACACUCUAGUCCAAAAAUUUUUUUGAUUCCAUAACUAAUCCACAUAUAACUUCUUUUCCAGAGCGCCUUCGAAGCCAAAACCCAAGAAUUGUACCAUCCCUGUCAUCGAAUUUCCAGUGCCAUUUCCCAACUGGAUUCCUGGAUGGCUCCGGAAAAAGUGAAACGCUCCAUUCUCCAGGCCACCGACUCCACUUAUAUUCAUUCCGAGCCCUUGGGUGUUGUCCUCAUUGUUGGGGCAUGGAAUUUCCCGGUUCAGCUGAUUUUAUCGCCGCUGAUUGGAGCCUUGGCCGCUGGGAAUACGGUCCUAAUUAAACCACCUAAUAUGACGCCAGCUACGAGAGAUCUGUUUUUGGAACUGAUCCCUAAAUAUUUCGAUGAAAGGGUCGUGAAAAUUGUGAAAGCGGAACAAGAGGAGUUGAGGUGAGAAAAAAUUGAUAAAAAAUCAAAAAAAAAAUUAUUUUUUUGUUAAUUUAGGGGUGAAAUUUUGAUUUUUUUCGCUGAAAAAUGUGAUUUUUUAUAAUUUAUACUUGAAUUUUUGAUAUUUUUUUUUGAUUUUCAAAUUUUCAAAAAGUUUAUUUUGGCUAAUUAAAUAAAUUCCAAGCCCAUUAAGCCUAAUUCUAAUUUCAGCGACAUCCUGAAGCUCCGUUUCGACCACAUUUUGUACACCGGCUCCACACAUGUCGGCAAACUUGUAAUGAAAGCCGCCUCCGAACACUUGACUCCAGUCACCCUAGAAUUAGGAGGACAAAGUCCAGUCAUCAUCGGCACUGAUGCUGACCUCCAAACGGCUACAAAGAGGAUAAUAUGGGGGAAAUUCAUCAACAAUGGCCAAGUCUGCAUCACUCCGGAUUACGUGAUUUUGAUUGGAAGUUUGGAUCAAAAAUUGAGAUUUGCAGAAGAAUGUGUGAAAUUUGUUAAGCAGUUUUAUGGAGAGGAUGCGCAGAAGAGUCCGGAUUAUGGGAGGAUCAUCAAUGAAAGGCAUUUUGAGUAAGUUUUUUAUUAUGUUUUUUGGAAUAUCUUCAGAAUGGAUGACUUUUGAUGACUUAUGGAAAAAUCGAUGAUUCCUGCUUAAUGGUUUGUUUUGUAACAGGCCUCUUUAUAUGCCUUUAAAGCACAUUUCAUAAGCUUUCAGAAUCUCGAAAGAAAAUUUUUUAGUUGCUCUUGGAACAAAAGUUAUGCCCAUAUUAAGUUAGACAUCUCCUGGUCAUGGAUAAUAUCAAAAGAGUCCUUCUAAUGUUUAAGAUUUCAAUUGCUUAUUUAAACUUUCUUUAUUCAAGUGUUCAAGAACAAUUUUACUACAAUCUAAGAUUAAUAAUUAUCCUACAACACUUAGUUAAACAUCAAUUUUUACCAAAAUUUAUAUUAUACUAGACCUUUAUCUCACCUUAAUUUUUCAGUCGUAUAUCCAAGAUCCUCGACCAAACCGAUGGCAAGAUUCUUCAUGGAGGAAGAAGAAAUCGCCCUGACAGAUUUGUCGAGCCCACAAUUAUUUGCGUCGAAGAGGGCGACAUCACUUUAGAGGCCGAACUCUUGGGUCCAAUCCUUCCAAUUUUCUCAGUUCCCAAUCUAGAUGAAGCUAUCACUUACGUCAGACGUCGAGAAAAGCCGUUGGUCUCAUAUUUAUUCAGCAACGACGGCAAUACGAUAGAGAAAGUGGUGGAUAAAAUCUCUUCCGGGAACUUGACCAUCAACGAUGUUGUCAUGCAAAUGACUGUCGAGAACCUGCCAUUUGGAGGGGUUGGACAUUCAGGAAUGGGGAGAUAUGCGGGAAAAGCAUCGUUUGAUACAUUUUCUAACAAGAAGAGUGUUUAUCAUAGGUCAUCUUGGUUUGAAUGGAUGCUUUGGUAAGCUGGGAUUUGGACAAAGUUGGGGGGAUAAAAAGUGUCGUAAAAGAAAAAGUUUUUGUUUUUGAAAAAUUUAAUUUUAGCCAUGUGAUCUGCUUUUAUUAAGCUUUAUUUUGGUGUUAUUUUAUUGCUGCAACUUUACAAUUGCAGUAGUAGCAGCAAUUUUAAUUUUGAUCGAAAUUUCAAAAAUUUUGAAGUUUUUGGAACUUAAUUUUUUUUGCAAGUACGAUGGAUAAAUAACUAGUAAUAUGAUUUUUCAGGAUGCGCUACCCUCCAUUCUCGGCAGACAAGCUGAACUGGAUGCGUCGGAUUCUCAUCAGCAGCAAAAUACCACUUCCUUUUUAA